GUCUGCAGGAAAGUCGCUCAACAUGUCUGAAAGAAAGCGAGGUCUUGUGUAUCUCAUCACCGGAGGUUGCGGUUUUCUCGGCAAACAUCUGCUGAGUGUGUUGAUGGAGAAGGAAGAGUCGCUGGCAGAAGUCCGGGUGUUUGACAAACACAUACCCGCGGAUUUCAGCGAUCCCAGCACAGAGCGGACAAAAGUGGUUGUCCUUCAGGGGGACAUCACCGACUCCAGCAGCGUGUUGGAGGCCUGCCGGGGGGCCGACGUUGUCAUCCACACCGCCAGUUUAGUGGAUGUGUGGCACAAAGUCCCAGAAACCCUCAUCUACUCGGUCAACGUCAAAGGAACGGAGAACGUGAUCAGCGCCUGCGUGGAGUGCGGUAUCGAGUGUCUGGUCUACACCAGCAGCAUGGAAGUGAUCGGACCCAACUCUAACGGAGACCACUUUAAGAGGGGCAACGAAGACACACCUUACGAAGUCAAACACAACAUGGCCUAUCCCAAGAGCAAGGCAAAAGCAGAGAAAAUUGUCCUUGACGCUAAUGGCAGCAAGGUGAAGGGGGGAAAAUGUUUAUACACCUGCUCGCUGAGGCCGACGGGGAUCUACGGCGAAGGACACGAGCUGAUCAAGGACUUCUACCAGCAGGCUGCUCAGAGAGGAAACCUGAUUAUCGGAGGCAUCCCAGAUCAGAUCGAGCACGGACGGGUUUAUGCAGGCAACGUCGCCUGGAUGCAUGUGCUGGCAGCCCGGGCCCUGAAGGAGAGCCCGCAGAAAGUCGCAGGCGAAGCUUUCUUCUGCUACGACGAGUCGCCCUACAAGAGCUACGAGGACUUCAACAUGACGCUGCUCUCCGACUUCAACUUCAGGAAGGCCCGCAUCCCCAUGCUGCUGCUGUGGUUCAUGGCCAUGGUCAACGACCUGCUGAGAUGGGUCCUGAGUCCCGUGUGCAACUACACGCCGCUGCUGAACAGCUACACCUUGGCCGUGGCGAGCACCACCUUCACCGUGGGCACAGACAAGGCCCACAGAUAUUUCCAGUACAGCCCCCUCUACAGCUGGGACCAGUGCCUGGCCCGCACGCAGAAAUGGAUCAGGAAGUUCUCCUCAGAAAACCCCAAAGAUUCAUAAUGUACACAUUUUAAUGCGUGCAAUUACCCAAUAUACAGUAUAUGCAAUUAUAGACGAACAAAAUGACGAUGUGGCAUCAUUUCGUAGAUGUUACUGAAGUCCUUUUUUGUGUGUAGAGUCUGAAAGUGUACUGAACAUGUAUAUUUAUGAAAUGUAAAUACUGUAAAUACCAAAUCAAAAGGACCCCUAAGAGGUGGUCGGGGCGUCUCCUUGGGGUUUUCCACCUGGACGCCUUCCCGGGGAGCGGCUUCAGUCCGUCUGGGAGAAGGACCAAGGGCGGAUCCGGGACAUGCCAGCGAGGUUAGAUCUCCCAGCUGGCCAGGGAAUGCUUUCUCAUUCCGCCUGGAAGGGCAGGACGCCGGAGGACGGGGCCUCUCUAGUUAGGGCGGGGCCCCUUUGAGCCAAACUCUGAUAAGUUUUAACGGGUGAAAACUCUUUUUCACUUUUUUUGUCAGUAUAAGCUUGAUUCCACAGCUUGCUACUGCAGCUGGCUGGUCUGUGGUUAUAACAUGGUUAUAAAGAUCACCAUACCAAAUUACUUAUGCAAUAACAAACAAGUAAUUUAUGACAAAUGUAAAGACAUUUUACAAGCAUGUCGAUCUACAUUUACAUAAUAUAUUAAUAUAAAUGUAUAUAUAAUGUUAUAUAUUAA